CCCACUUCCCAACUGAAAUUCCCAUUUAAGGACGCCUCCCUUCUAUCAUUUUUCACCCCUUCUGCGUCUCGUUCCUCUCGUUCCUCUCCUUCGUCUAUCUCUUUCCUUUCUGGAUUUGUUUAUUCUUCCAUGGAAUACUACAGUGAAGCUUCCUCCUGGUUGCACUUUAUGUAUACUACUUUCUGCUUCUUCUUCUUUGCUUUCACCUUCUUCUUCUCUGUGUUUGCUUUCUUGGUUUUCAUCUUGAGGUUGAGGCCCUGUUGUGAUUGUGAUGUUUGCCGGAGCUACCUGUCGGGUAGCUGGAAGAUGGAGUUUGAUAAUCUCUCAGAUUGGUACACUCAUCUUCUGAGGAAGUCUCCCAGCAGGACCAUUCAUGUUCACGUGCUCGGCAACAUCAUCACUGCAAAUCCUGAAAACGUUGAGUACAUGCUCAAGACCAGGUUUGACAAUUACCCGAAAGGGAAGCCUUUCUCGGCCAUCUUGGGUGAUCUGUUGGGCAGAGGUAUUUUCAAUGUUGACGGUGACUCCUGGAAGUUUCAGAGGAAAAUGGCGAGUCUGGAGCUCGGGAGUGUUUCUAUAAGGACAUUUGCAUUCGAGAUCGUUACGUCAGAGAUCAAGAAUAGGCUGAUUCCUCUGAUGUCAUCGAUUGCCGGUAGAAGCGAAGCCAUUCUGGAUCUACAGGAUGUGCUUCGGCGGUUCUCGUUCGACAACAUUUGCCGGUUCUCCUUCGGGUUAGACCCCGGUUGCCUCCAAUUAUCUUUGCCCAUGUCGGAAUUCGCUGAGGCCUUUGAUCUUGCAUCCAAGUUAUCAGCUGAGCGAGCAAUGACGGCAUCGCCUUUGAUCUGGAAGAUGAAGCGGCUGCUGAAUAUAGGAUCAGAGAGGAAGCUCAAGGAAGCCAUUAAAAUGGUGGAUGAGCUAGCACAUGAGUUGAUAAAGCAAAGGCGCACAGCAGGCUUCUCAACCCAGAGAGACCUUCUCUCGAGGUUCAUGUGUUCAGUCUCCGACGACCAGUACCUUCGAGACAUCGUCAUUAGCUUCCUUCUAGCCGGCCGCGAUACGGUAGCAUCCGCUCUCACCAGCUUCUUCUGGUUGCUGUCACAGCAUCCGGAAGUGGUGUCUGCAAUUCGGGAAGAAUCGGAUCGAAUCAUGGGGCAAACUGAAGAACAAGCAAGCUUCGAACAAAUGCGGGAGAUGCACUACUUGCAAGCGUCGGUAUAUGAGAGCAUGAGGCUCUUUCCACCCAUUCAAUUCGACUCAAAGUUCUCACUGCAAGAAGAUGUUCUACCCGAUGGAACAUUUGUCCGGAAAGGUACAAGGGUCACUUUUCAUCCCUAUGCAAUGGGGCGUAUGGAGAAAGCAUGGGGCCCAGACUGCCUCGAAUUCAAGCCAGAGAGGUGGUUAAAGAACGGAGAGUUCAUGGCUGAGAACCCUUUCAAGUACCCAGUAUUUCAAGCUGGGCCCAGAGUUUGUCUGGGCAAGGAAAUGGCAGUGGUGCAGAUGAAAAGCGUUGCUUUAGCACUAGUCCGGCGCUUCGAUAUCCAGGAUGCAGUGCCAAGCCGGGCUCAGCGCUUUGCUCCCGGCCUCACAGCCACCGUGAGAGGUGGUUUCCAAGUCAGAGUUCAUGAGAGAAGGCAGCACCAAUAGUUUGGCGAUCCACAUAUCAUGGCAAAUUUGGAGAUACAUGCUAAAUUUAGCAGUUGCUAUGAAUCCUACUUGCAGUGUAGAAUGGUGGAAAACCCAAUUGCUCAAUGACCUUGUAUCGUAUGAAUAAUGGUCUAGCAGCCACAUUGUAGGUUUGUAAAGAAUUUCCCUUCACACUGAAAAGCCAAAAAAAAAAAGGGGGGAAAAAAAAAAAAAAAAAAGAACAACAACAAUUAAGAGCCAUUUUCUCAAAUGAUGUAUGUAGUGUUCUUAUGGUUUGAUCGGUGGAUGAACCCCUCAUGUUAUGUACAUGAUUCGAUAUAUAUUCGUCCCUUCGUAUAAUUAUGUCUAGAAUUGGGGAACUGAAACUCUCUUCGGCAA